GGUGGAGCGCUUCAUCCGAGAUAGUGUCAUGGCUCCAGAUGAGUUCGGUUGGGAGUCCCAGUUACGCUUUUACUGGGUACGCAAAACCGACAGAAUGGCGAUCCGACAGUGUUCCGCAGAGUUCAGUUACGGAAACGAGUACUUUGGACUGAACGGGCGACUGGUUAUCACCCCGUUAACAGACCGGAUAUACUUAACGAUAACACAAGCACUGUCAUUGUGUCUAGGCGGCGCUCCUGCAGGGCCCGCAGGUACCGGGAAGACGGAGACUAUAAAGGAUUUAGCGAAGGCGUUGGGACUACUUUGCGUGGUAACGAACUGUGGAGAGAAUAUGGAUUACAAAUCGUUUGCAAAACUUCUGUCUGGACUGUGCCGGUCAGGUGCUUGGGGAUGCUUCGACGAGUUCAACCGCAUCGAGGUGUCGGUGUUGUCCGUUGUAUCGUCCCAGAUCAAGUCUAUCCAGAAUGCACUCCAGUCGGAAGCUACCAUAUUUCAGUUCGAAGGAUCGGAAUUGCCUCUGGAUCGUCGAGUUGGUAUCUUCAUCACGAUGAAUCCCGGCUACGCAGGGCGGACGGAGCUACCCGAGUCGGUCAAAGCAUUGUUUCGUCCCGUGGUAGUGAUCGUCCCCGAUCUGGAAUACAUUUGUGAAAUUAUGCUUUUCUCACAAGGAUUCAUAACUGCGAGAGAUCUAGCCAAGAAAGUGACAGUACUCUAUCGUUUGGCCAAAGAACAGCUGUCACAGCAAUACCAUUAUGACUUCGGUCUACGAGCAUUGCGCUCACUAUUGGUGAUGGCGGGCGCAAUGAGACGACGAAAUCCGAACUUGAGAGAGGAGCAACUGUUGAUGAGAUCUCUCAGAGACUCCAACCUCCCCAAGUUGGUACACGAGGAUGUUCCCCUCUUUAUGGGUCUCAUACAGGAUCUCUUUCCUGGAAUCGAGUUCGAGACAGCCCCACUAAUCCCUGAAUUGGUUAGCGCUGCCCAUAGUGUGUUGAAAUAUUGGCAAUACUCAAUCGUGGACGAACAGGUAGUGAAAGUUGUUCAACUCCACGAAACACUUCAGUACAGGCACUCUGUGAUGGUUGUAGGGCCGACUUGUGGUGGGAAGACCGCAGUGCUGGACGUGUACACGAAGGCGUUAAAAGUCAUGGGAAUAAACACCAAAACGUACACCAUUAACCCAAAAGACAGGAGUGUGAGCGAACUUUAUGGUUUCCUGGAACCAUCCAGCCGCGAGUGGAUUGAUGGGUUGCUAUCGUAUCUGUUCCGGUUGAUGAAUCAAGUGAGUGAGGCCAACGAGCGACGUUUCCUCGUGUUCGACGGUGAUGUGGAUGCUAUGUGGAUCGAAAACAUGAACUCUGUCAUGGAUGACAACAAAGUGCUCACUCUUGUCAAUGGUGAACGCAUUCGGCUGCAGCCCAGUUGUUCUCUGCUGGUCGAAGUGUCCCAUUUGCAAUAUGCAUCACCGGCUACGGUGUCGCGUUGUGGCAUGGUAUACGUGGACCCGGCAAACCUGGGAUAUUUACCUUACUGGAAUAGUUGGAUAUCAAACAUCCCCGCAAUUUUUCAACGGCAACUGAACACAUUGUUUCAAAAAUACGUGAGCAUCAUAAUGGAUUACAUUUUCGAGGGAACCUUACCCACCGGCAUGAUUCGUUUAAUGACGGCCGCCUCGAUUACUACAGACGACGCCAAUCACGAGGUCAAGGGCAGCGACGUUUUGCGCAAAGGUAUCACCGGAGGCAGAGAUGCCGGUACAACUUCUGGGCCACCCAGGGUGAAACUUGUGCUCCCUCUAGUCAAAAUGAACUUAAUAGUGCAGCUGUGUACUAUGUUACGAAGUCAACUGGACCUGGGAGUCUGUCCAGGAACGGAGAAAACCAUAGAUGCCUCACGUCUUCUAGAUAUUGAGAGCAACGCUGAGGUGGGCCACAUGUCCGUAUCCGAACAGCCAAUUUCGCCACCUCCAAUCGGAGAUCUGAGUUCACCGACGCAAUCACAGCCUCCAUCAACACCAAUGGGCGCCUCUGCACCUGGUCCCUCCAAUCUCCCGAGUAAAGAAUCCUAUGAAGACCUAACCCUCGAGAGUUUUGAUGUGUUGGAGGGCGUGUUCAUUUUCGCUUUGUGCUGGACUUUUGCGGGUGUACUGGGCGUUCCGGAUCAACGCAUCAUAGACAAUUUGAUUAAAGUCAUUGCAUCGCUACCACAAACUGAUGAAGGUCCUGAUGGGCAGCCGGUUAAAGCUGGUGCACUGCCGUGCCACUAUCCGUUACUAACAGAGUACAUAUUCAGUGUGGAAAAGUAUCAUUGGAUUCCAUGGAAGAGCUUGGUUCCGGUGUAUGUGCACAAUUCCAGCACACCGUUCACUCGCAUUCUAGUGCCCACUGUGGAGACAGUCAAAAUGAAUUGGAUCAUUCAGGAACACCUAAAACUCCGCUAUCCGCUGCUCAUAAUCGGUGAGGCUGGCACUUCCAAGACGGCCACGGUGGACAGUUUAAUGCACGCGCUGGACCAGGAUCGAAACAGUCGACUGGUGCUGAACUUCUCAUCGAGAACCAGCGCCAGAGAUGCGCGCCGCAUGAUCAAUGCAAAUGUGGAGAAGCGAGCCAAGGGUGUGUACGGUCCGAUACCAGGGAAGAAAUUGGUGGUAUUCAUUGACGACAUGAAUAUGCCCAAGGAAGAUGAGUUUGGAACACAGCAGGCAAUCGCUCUGCUGCGUGUAAUCAUUGGAAGAGGUGGGAUGUAUCAAGAGGGCUUAGAUUUGUCAUGGAGGAGUCUGAAAGAUAUGACCUACUUGGCCGCCAUCGGUCCGGCGGGCGGAGGUCGCCAGAACAUGGACCCCAGAUUUGUCUCCCUCUUCACAGUGUACCAUGCAUUACCGCCAUCUUUCGAAAGUCAGUUCAAGAUUUUCGGCAGUGUCUUGUUUGGGCAUUUGUCAAAUGGAUUUUCAAGAAAAUUACAAACGUAUGCGGACAAGUUUACACGUUUGAGCCUACUGGUUUACAAGGACAUACGUACAGAAUUGCUACCAACACCGCUGAAGUUCCACUAUACAUUCAACCUACGUGAACUAUCUCGCCUGUUACAAGGAUUACUACAGGCGUCACCGGAGCGAUUCAAGGGACCCAAAAAGUUUCUUCGACUCUGGAGGCAUGAAUGCAUCCGGGUAUUUCGCGACCGAAUGGUGGAUGAUACAGACGUGACGACGAUAAACGAAAUCAUGCUGAAUCACAUGAAUAAUAUAUUCCCUGACGAGGUCAACUAUGCUUCGAUGGAUCCGAUAUUGUUCGGAGACUAUUGGGCUGCAGCAAGUGAAGAAGAUGCUCGCCUGUACGAGGACAUGCAAGACUACGAAGUGUGUAAGGCGAUUGUUGAAGAGUUGCUGGCCAACUAUCGUGAAUCCGAGGGCAACAUGGAUAUGGUGCUAUUUAAUGACGCGCUGGAGCACCUAAGUACGGUACACCGUAUUCUGCGCUUGGAUGGAGGGCACGCAUUACUGGUCGGUGUUAGCGGAUCCGGAAAAAAGUGUCUAGCCAAGUUGGCUGCCUUCAUUGCUAAUGUGAAGACGUUUGAGAUCACGCUUCGUCGUGGUUACAAUGAGACGGAAUUCCGUGAAGACUUGAAAACGCUGUACACAAACAUGUCGGAGGAUAAAGUGGAUCACAUGUUCCUGGUGUGCGAGGAGCACAUACGCGAUGAGUCUUUCCUUGAACUGAUCAACAAUAUGCUGACAACCGGUUUCAUUAGCGCCCUUUUCAACGAGGAGGAGAAGGACACAAUUCAAGAGAACGUUUGGGCUGAAGCCGAAGCCAACAUUCGAGCCGAAGCAAUGGCCACCGGAUCGUUAAGCGUGGUGGUCAACAAGGAAACCGUGUGGAAUUACUUUCGGGCUAGCUGCGCAUCUCGAUUGCACAUGGUGUUAUGCAUGAAUCCAACCGGAGAGGCACUGAGAACACGCUGCCGUGAUUUCCCCGGAAUCGUCAAAUGCACAACCAUUGACUGGUACUUCCCUUGGCCCGAACAAGCAUUGUAUGCCGUAGCCUGUAGUCUAAUCGAUCCGAAGUUCGGUCAAGUUCCAUCAGCUCAUUGGGAAGCGGUGGUCACCAAUGUGGUCUCCAUACACAAGUCAGUACAAACCGCCUCACUAGAGUUCAGGCGGCAACUGCGCCGGAUCAAUCACGUGACAGCCACGAAUUACAUCUUAUUUAUAAACGAAUUCCUCAAACUGUUGGAGUCGAAGACAAAUGAAAACAUUGCCCAACAACGACGUCUACAGGGUGGUCUUGAGAAACUGCAUGAGACCGGUAUUCAAAUUGAGCAGCUAAACGAGAAGCUGGCGGUGCAAAAAGUGAUCUUGGAAGAAAAGACAUCUUCCUGCGAGGUGCUGAUGAGUGAAAUCCAUGAGGCUACUAACGUGGCCACUACGAAAAAGAUCCAGGCGCAAGAAAAAUCAGCCGAACUGGCCAAGCAGUCAAAAGUUAUCGCAAUGGAAAAGAAUGAGGCGGAAGCCGCAUUGGCCGAGGCAUUACCCGCAGUGGAGGCUGCUCGCAGCGCAUUAGAUGAGCUGGAGAAGAAUGAUGUGACGGAAAUUCGAGCGUUCGCAACACCACCGAAACCAGUGCAACUUGUGGGCGAGGCGCUGUGCCACAUACUGCAAGCGACUGAAGUCAGUUGGAAAGCCGCACGAGGCCUAAUGGCCGAUGCAAACUUCAUCAUGAAUCUACAACAGAUGGACGUUGAAGCCAUCCCGGUGAAGAAUAUACAAAAUUUAAAAGAUUUGAUUGCAAAGCGCAAAAUGAACUACGACGAUGUUCGAGCAGCGAGCAAAGCCGGUGGUGGAUUUUAUAAAUUCAUCUUGGCAGUGAUAACUUACCACGAUGUGGCUCGGGAGGUGCGUCCGAAGCGGGAGCGAGUGAAAACAUUAGAACGUGAAUACAACAAGGCAAAACGGGACUUGCAGAAGCUGACUGACGAAGUAACUGCACUGGAGGAGACGUUGUUCUCUCUCAGACGUCAGUACAAUGCAGCGCAAUCGGAGAUGGAAAACUUGAAGAAGGAAAUGGACGUGAUGCGUCGACAGUUGCUAGCGGCUCAAAAACUGACUGAAGGCUUGGGAUCAGAGAAGGAACGGUGGAUAGAAGAAGUUGCCACAUUGGGAAGUGAACAAAAGUGUUUAUUGGGAAACACCUUAAUCGCCGCGGCGUUUCUAUGCUACCUUGGUCCUUUCACAAACGAAUUUCGGGAACGGCUAAUCAACCGAGAGUGGCUUGUGGCCAUUAUGCAAGAUGGGAUCCCGGUGUCUGAGGACUUUCGUGUGAACAGUUUACUUGCUAGUGAGGUGGAAGUAUCCUUGUGGAACUCACAAGGACUACCCUCAGACGUACUGAGCAUUCAGAACGCCAUUCUCUCCACGAAAGGCCCCACAUGUCCUGUGUGUAUUGAUCCUCAGGGUCAGGCAUCGCGAUGGAUCAAAGAAAUGGAGAGGAAUAUUAAGGAUGAAUCACGGUCUAUUCGUGUGACCACCCAACAUGAUCCCAAUUUCUUGAGAACCAUCGAGAACGCCAUCAAAUUGGGCCUACCAUGUAUGAUUGAGGGAGUGGAAGAAUCCUUUGAUCCGGCUCUGAACAACAUCAUCGCCAGGAAUAUACGAGUUGAUAAGGGUCGCGAAAUAAUCAUGUUGGGUGACCGAGAAGUAGAAUAUGAUCGAAAUUUCCGGCUUUAUCUAGUAUCCAAGCUGUCAAACCCACAUUUCUCUGCCACGCUGUAUAGCCGAGCGCUGGUCAUCAACUACACGGUAACUUUGACCGGGUUGGAAGGUCAGCUGCUAAGUGCCCUGAUCAAACAUGAACAUCGGGAGUUGGAAGAACGCAGGGAAGCGUUGAUUGUGGAGAUGAGUGAGAACAAACGUACACUGAAGGAACUGGAAGACCGACUGCUGCUGGAAUUGGCCACACAAACAGGGAACAUUCUAGACAAUUGGGAACUGAUCGCAACCUUGGAGGGAACCAAGAGCAAGGCUGUGGAUGUGAGUCGUCAGCUAUCGCAAGCCGCAAUCGUCACGAAGGACGUGGAUCGCCAGCGAGACGCGUUCCGUUCGGCAGCAAGAAGAGGAGCCAUUUUAUACUUUGUGCUGGCAGACUUGGCGUUGGUAGGCCCAAUGUACCAGUUCUCCUUAUCUUCGUACAUGACCGUCUUCCUCAAGGCACUGAAGAAGGCAAUGCCACACAAUUCACUACCUAAAAGGUUGAGUAAUAUCAAGAACGCACUAACUUACGCUACUUAUUGCUACGGAUGCAUGGGCAUUUUCGAAGAACACAAAAUGCUCUUAUCCUUCGAGCUAGCUCUUCGUCUUCAACAAGAUGAAAAGCUGAUUCGCUCCAAAGAGCUGGCGUUCCUCGUUCGAGGUAAUGUUGCGAUCACCGAGCACACAUACUCUCCACCUCAUCCAUGGAUCUCUGAAAUUGUCUGGCGAGAUCUGAUCUACCUUACUGCUUUCAUUCCGAGCAGAUUCGGGAGACUGUUGAGGGAUAUAAAAUCGAUGGGUGACCAGUGGAAGAAGUGGGCUGAAGCCAAAAAUCCAGAAGUUCUGCCGUGUCCAGGACGUUACAAAAAACUGCGCCCCUUUACACGCCUAUGUCUAAUACGGUGUUGGCGCAUGGAUCGAAUUCCGAACGCAAUCGUUCACUACGUGGUCAAGGUACUGGGCAAACAAUACGUGGAGCCACCGAUCAAUAGCUUGGCCGAUGUCUUGGCUUCGACCAGUCCCGGAAUGCCCAUCGUACUCAUUGUACAACCUGGUUCGGAUCCCCAAAGUCAGCUAACUAGUCUGGCUCAACAGCUGGAACUCGGAACAAGUCGCAUAAAGAGCUUGUCAAUGGGACAGGGACAAGAAUCUCAUGCAGAAAGCAUGUUCACCAUCUGCUCCGCUCGUGGUAACUGGCUUUUAUUACAAAACUGUCACCUACUGCUUCGAUUCAUUCCCAAAUUGGAAACUCUGCUGGAUGAAUUGUCAAAACCACAUCCUGACUUUCGACUUUGGAUGACCACAGAAAUGGUGUCAAAUUUUCCGAUUAGUAUCCUCCAACGGUCGUUCAAGGUAGUCAUGGAACCCCCGAGUGGGCUGAAACAAAAUUUGGCUGCUGGGGUCGGGAAGCUUUCUCACGAGCAAUUUGUCAACUGUCAACAUGCGCAAUAUCGACCGUGCUUAUUUACUCUCAUCUUCCUGCAUGCCGUGUUACAAGAACGACGGCGCUACGGCAAAUGUGGCUGGAAUGUGUGCUACGACUUUUCCGAUUCAGACUUUCAAGUGUCUCUGCGCAUAUUGCAAAUUUCCUUGAACAAAUCAGAGGAGACAAAGCGGGAGAUUUCAUGGGACACAAUAAAAUACUUGAUUGGUGAGGUGAUGUACGGUGGGCGAACCAUCGACAACUACGAUCGACGAAUACUGACGACGUAUAUGGAUGAGUAUUUCGGCGAUUUCCUAUUCGAUGACUUUCAGCCGUUUCGAUUUUAUCAAGACGAACGGGUCGAGUACUUCAUUCCGGAGGAGCCCCCAGGUUUUGCAAAUUACAAGGAAAUGUAUUCGGAUUAUGUAUCACAUCUGCCCAGUGCCCACAAGCCAGAGGUUCUGGGUUUGCACCCGAAUGCAGCGAUGGGCUACUCCGUGAGAUUCGCCCGCAGCAUGUGGACAAACUUGCUGACGUUGCACUCUGAGACAGAGGUGGUUGGUGGCAUACCCACUGCGCAGCGCCUUAGUCAAGUGGCAUCCACUGCUCUGUCUUCGCAAGAACUUGGUGAACGACGUGCUUCAAACAUUGGAAUCGGUACUCCACGCCUGAGUGCUCGUUCGAUUGCAGAUCUUGUGGAUCCGGAACUCCUUGGGGCAAACAGCCAGGAUGCAGGCAUUUCCUCGAGCGAUCCUGACGACGACGCAGAUAACGGUGGAGUUGCUGGCGCUGGCGCUGGCGAAGGAGAAGAGGAAGCAGAGUUGACUAAUUUCCAGGACCAAGGGGCAUCUGAACCAGGUGUCUUGAGUGCCGUUGCGAGUCAACGAAGGAAUACUUCAUUUUCUUUCUCGACCAAGUCACGUUCUUCCGUGACCACUUUCAGCGAGCGAUCGGCUGGAGGUGGAGGCCAGUCUGCUUGGGCGACGUCUUCUGCACCGACUACUUCACGUGAACUCACUAUUGAAAGGCUUGCUGACAGUCUCUUGGCGCGACUCCCCCAGUUGUUUGACGUUGAGAGCCUGCGAAAGAAGCAUAUGGGCACCGAGAUUUCUCCCACUAUUAUAGUGUUAAUGCAAGAACUAGACAGGUUUAACCUCAUUCUUUCAAAGAUUUUCACUUCUCUGAGAGAUUUGAAGAAGGCAUUGGCCGGAAAAAUCGGUAUGUCUGAAGAACUGGACGAUAUCACACGCUGUCUGGCCAAUGGCUUGCUACCAGCAUGCUGGCGUCGUUUGGUUCCACAAACAGAGAAGUCAUUGCCAGACUGGAUCCAGCACUUACUACGACGUGCUGAUCAGUACAAAAGAUGGAUGGGCACGGGGAAGAGUGAACCGGCGAUGAUGUGGCUCAGUGGCUUACAUCUGCCGCAGUCCUACCUAACGGCGUUGGUGCAGAAAGCAUGUCGCAAGCACAACUGGGCCCUGGACAAGUGCGCUCUGCAAACGUUUGUGACCGACAUUGUGCCCGAAGAGUUUCACACUGUUCUCAUGGCUCCUGAACUGGGAUGUUAUGUGUGUGGCCUUUACUUGGAGGGUUCCGCAUGGAGCGUGCAGGACUCUUGCUUGGUUCGACAGAAGCCCCGUGAAUUACUGCAAGAGAUGCCGCUGGUCAAGCUUGCUCCAAUUGAGAAGCAUCGUCUGAAAUUGACCGGGACUGUGUCACUGCCAGUGUAUAUCACAAGUCAGAGACGUAAUGCAAUGGGGGAAGGAUUCGUUGUCGCUUUGGAUAUACCGACAAAGGAACAUCCCUCACAUUGGAUUUUGCAAGGGGCUGCUCUCCUACUCAACACAGACUGAGUAGUACCUCCAUUAUGAUGCGGCAUAGUGCUAGUGUGCGCGCUGUCGUUGGCGGCUGUGAACAGUUCACGCUCUUAAUUAUUGUAAGAAGCGGUGCUACGAGUUCACGUCUACUGAUUAGACUGAUUUUUCAUCGCAUUCUCAGAAAUACAAGCCGGAAGACAGC